AUGGGUUUUUUUCUAAAAGCAUUAACGGCCACUAUAGUGGCCUGGUUAACUCUGUUUAACGGAUUUUUUGUGGUCGUCGUCAAUGGCGAUUUCAAUUACAAAGAGGCUCUCACCAAGUCCAUUCUAUUCUUGGAGGCACAGAGGUCAGGGAAGCUUCCCAGCAACUCCAGGCUUAAAUGGAGAGGAGACUCUGGACUUGAUGAUGGCAAGGAAGCUAAUGUGGAUCUGGUUGGGGGAUACUAUGAUGCCGGAGACAAUGUUAAGUUUGGUCUUCCCAUGGCUUUCACCGUCACAACUCUCGCAUGGAGUAUUACUUUUUAUCAACGACAGCUUCAGGGAGCAGGGGAGUUGCAGAAUGCCAUUGAUGCCCUCAAGUGGGGAACAGACUACUUACUUAAAUGUGCUGCCAAACGUAAUAAUUUAUGGGUUCAGGUUGGGGAUCCAGAAAAGGAUCACCAAUGUUGGGUGCGGCCAGAAAACAUGGAUACGGCCAGAACUGUUUUGAAGAUAGAUGGGAACACGCCUGGAACAGAGAUUGCUGCCGAAACUGCUGCAGCAUUGGCUGCUUCUUCGAUUGUUUUCAGGAGUUCUGAUCGUGACUAUGCUCGUCGUCUCCUCAACAGAGGCAAAUUGCUCUUUGAGUUUGCCAAGACACGUAAAGGAACUUACGAUGGAGAAUGCCCUUUCUAUUGCUCUUAUUCAGGCUUUAAUGAUGAACUGUUGUGGGCAGCGUCAUGGCUACACAUUGCAAGCAAGAAGCCCAUAUAUUUACAGUACAUACAGGAACAGUCCAUCAGUGCAAGCGUUGCUGAGUUUAGCUGGGAUCUCAAAUAUGCUGGAGCCCAAAUCCUUCUCUCCAAACUGUACUUCGAAGGAGAAAAAUCUCUGGAGAACUUCAAGACACAGGCAGACAGUUUUGUAUGUUCAGUGCUUCCAGAAAGUCCAUACCACCAAGUGUUCAUCACCCCAGGUGGAUUGGUUCACUUGAGAGAUGGAGCGAACACACAGUAUGUGACAAGCACUGCUUUCUUGUUGAGCAUUUACGGAGAUAUACUGGCCACACAUAACCAAAAGGUGAAAUGUGGUAACACAGAGUUGGAUUCCUCCCAGCUCUUGUCCUUUGCGAAGAAACAGAUAGACUAUCUGCUCGGGAAGAACCCACUGGGAAGGUCUUACAUGGUAGGUUUCGGGAAUAACCCACCCACCAGGGCACACCACCGAGGUGCCUCUGUGCCGGUGCUGCCACUCAACACCGAGAUAAACUGCCCCAUGAGCUUCGUAAACUGGUUUGGCAAAGAUAUCCCCAACGUCCAUGAGCUCACCGGAGCCAUCGUUGGUGGACCUGACCGCCGCGACAACUUUGUAGACCAGCGUUGGGCCUCCGCCAUGGGCGAGCCCGCUACAUACGUCAACUCAGUAGCCAUUGGUGCCCUCGCUAAGCUCGUUGGAUAAUCUCAUCUUAUCUG